GCGGCUCGCCGCGGCGGUGACGGCCGCCUACGCCCGGGCCCCUCGGAACUCCACCCAGGGGCGCUCACCCUGAGAGACCUCAAGGGCUUCGCCGCGCGCUCGGGCCCGCCCCCGUUAUUCUUUAGUCACGGGCUGACAGUCCACGUCCGGAAAACCCGGCGAUAACUGAAGAAUAAAACUUAAAUACAGGAAAAUCUAAAAGCUGCACAGCAAGAACCGUUGGAGAUUUUUUUGUGUCAUCGUCCUCAUCGCCUAUGUGUCCAUCCCAUAGAACAUUGUGGGCAAGACCAGUACUGAAGAGGACAGCCUGUCCUUACGUAGGCAUAAGAUUUGGUCUUGGAUUGGAGAUGCAAGGCACUGUGUCUGGUGAUUUAAUCAGACUGGAGUCAGCCAGCAAUAGUUAUAUCCUAGGAUGUGAGCCCUAGGAGAAACCUUCCAGAACAUCUAAAGCACCAUGCUCAUUUCAUACGUGGAGGGAGAAUUUGAAGCCUAAAGAGCUCAAGCGAUCAUUGUUAACAGGUCCUCUCCCAUAACCUGUGCACGGUGCUGAAGGUUCCGCAUGACCCCGUUGCCCUUGAAGAGCACUUCAGGGAUGAUGAUGAGGGGCCCGUCUCCAAUCAGGGCUACAUGCCAUAUUUAAACAAGUUCAUUUUGGAAAAGGUCCAAGACAAUUUUGACAAGAUUGAAUUCAAUAGGAUGUGUUGGACCCUCUGUGUCAAAAAAAACCUCACGAAGAGUCCCCUGCUCAUUACAGAAGAUGAUGCAUUUAAAAUAUGGGUUAUUUUCAACUUUUUAUCUGAAGACAAAUAUCCACUAGUGAUUGUGCCAGAAGAGAUUGAAUACCUGCUUAAGAAACUUACAGAAGCUAUGGGAGGAGGUUGGCAACAAGAACAAUUUGAACAUUAUAAAAUCAACUUUGAUGACAGUAAAGAUGGCCUUUCUGCAUGGGAACUGAUUGAGCUCAUUGGAAAUGGACAGUUUAGCAAAGGCAUGGAUCGGCAGACGGUGUCCAUGGCAAUUAAUGAAGUUUUUAAUGAGCUUAUAUUAGACGUUUUGAAACAGGGUUACAUGAUGAAAAAAGGCCAUAGACGGAAAAACUGGACCGAACGCUGGUUUGUACUAAAACCCAACAUAAUUUCUUACUAUGUGAGUGAGGAUCUGAAAGAUAAGAAGGGAGACAUUCUCUUGGAUGAGAACUGCUGUGUGGAGUCCUUGCCUGACAGAGAUGGAAAGAAGUGCCUUUUUCUCAUAAAAUGUCUUGAUAAGACCUUCGAAAUCAGUGCUUCGGAUAAGAAGAAAAAGCAAGAGUGGAUUCAGGCCAUCCAGUCUACCAUCCAGCUGCUGAAGCUGGGCAGCCCCCCACCACACAAAGAAGCCCGCCAGCGUCGAAAAGAACUCCGGAAGAAGCUGCUGGCUGAGCAGGAGGAGCUGGAGCGACAAAUGAAGGAGCUCCAGGUGGCAAACGAAAACAAGCAGCAGGAAUUGGAGGCAGUGAGGAAGAAACUGGAAGAAGCAGCAUCUCGGGCAGCAGAAGAAGAAAAGAAACGCCUUCAGACUCAAGUGGAACUUCAGGCCAGAUUCAGCACGGAGCUGGAGCGGGAGAAGCUUAUCAGGCAGCAGAUGGAAGAGCAGGUUGCCCAGAAAUCCUCUGAACUGGAACAGUAUUUGCAGCGGGUCCGGGAGCUGGAAGACAUGUACCUCAAGCUGCAGGAGGCCCUCGAAGAUGAGAGGCAGGCCCGGCAAGAUGAAGAGACUGUGCGAAAGCUUCAGGCCAGGUUGCUGGAGGAAGAGUCGUCCAAGAGGGCUGAACUGGAGAAGUGGCACUUGGAGCAGCAGCAGGCCAUUCGGACAACGGAAGCAGAGAAGCAGGAGCUGGAGAACCAGCGCGUCAUCAAAGAGCAGGCCCUUCAGGAAGCCAUGGAGCAGCUGCAGCAGCUCGAGCUGGAGCGGAAACAAGCACUGGAGCAGUACGAGGGGGUUAAAAAGAAGCUUGAGUUGGCGACAAAUAAAACCAAGAGCUGGAAGGACAAAGUGGCCCAGCAUGAAGGAUUAAUUCGAUUGAUAGAACCAGGUUCAAAAAACCCUCACCUGAUCACUAACUGGGGCCCUGCAGCUUUCACUCAGGCAGAGCUUGAAGAGAGAGAGAAGAGCUGGAAAGGAAAGAAGACCACGGAGUGAGCAGAAGUCACGUCACUUAUGUAGGUUCCAGUGUAGCUGGAAAGCUUUACGCUAAAGGCAAGAGGACCUGGCUUUGCUGCUUCUAACUCUUCUUCCUCCAGCGCCUCCUAUGGGCUCAGUAUAGUAAAGAAGGCUUUUUAUUUAUCUGCCUGCAAAUAAGGGCUUACCUGAAAAGAACAAAAAAGGCAACCUCGGCAAGCUCUUUCUUUCCUCUCUCUCUGAAAACUUCAGCUUCUGAAGAUGCCCCUUAGCUCCUGCAGAUUCUUGUCGGAAGGAGGCAGCACACAGACAGUACAGUGGUGCCCGCAUCCAUCCGUCCGUCGCAGCGUGUAGCCAGGAGCGGGGAGGUGCUCCGGUCCCUGGGUAUCAGAACCCCUGCAGGCUGGGGCAGUUGCUUUUUUGGCAGCUGUUUCCUCCUCCGAGUGAUUGUUUCUAAAGAGGCCGGUUUGCCUGCCAUGGCCACGGUUGACCUGGAAUGCCUCGGACCAUUGCUGCUCGGCUGGAGAAGCGCCUUCUCCAACACGUGGAGCCUGCUCUGAGUGGUUGCAAUCUGUGUGUUUGGUUGUGCAGGUUUCUCUCUAGUGCAGUGUGACUGAUUGGCAUCCUGGCUCCAGCAGCACUAUCUCAAAGAGGCAGAAGUCUUUUAAAUAGUGCUUUGGCUGAGAUAGAUACUUAGGAAUCAAAGGACACAGAGGUGAACGAAGUAAAUCCCCUUUGGAACGAUGUUUUGAUACUAACCGAAUUCUUCCUAAUAUUUAAAGUGGUGUCAACUGUCAGGAGGCUGGCAGACCCUUUGAUUUUAGUUUUGUAGUUACUGUACAGAACGUUUCAGGAGUGUGUGAGCGCUGGUCCUCAUCAGGCCUUUUCCUUCAUAAAUAGGGAUUUGAUCAUUUCUAGGAAUUACACAUGAAAAGUUUUAAAAUGUAUUUUUGUGACAUGCUGUGUUGAGAGGGAACAAGUAUUUAUAAUUUUUCAAACAUUUCUACCUAAAUAUUGUACAAUGUAAUAUGCUGAACUUCCUUAAUUUUUUGGCUCAUUUUCUAAGAUAUAUUAAAAAUCUUUUGUAUGGGU